UGCGCGGCGGGGCCGGGCCGGGCCGGCGGGGCCGCGACCGAGGGACCGGCGACUGGCGACAUGUUCCGCUGGCGCGCGGGCCUGGCGCGCGCCAUGCGCCCCCCGCAGCGGGGACGCGCCCACGCGGGCACGUUGUUGCAGCGCUGGAAUGUGCCCCCAGACCUGCAGCUGAGCAGACAAGUGGCUAGCACAGGCGUGCCUGGGCAAAAGGGCAGUAAUUCGGUUUUUGUCCUUAUUAUGGGCUUGUCCACCUUAGGAGCAGGUGCCUAUGCGUACAAAGCAAUACAGGAGAGCAAAGAGCGAUAUGCCAGCCGGCUCGCCAGGAUAUCUGGGCAAUCCCAAGACCAUGAGUCUUCUGCCUCAGGUGCAGGUGCUGCUCCUCAGGGCACAGCAGCUCCGGGCACUCAUCCCAAGGUCCCAUCCCAUGUCCCUUUCCUGCUCAUUGGGGGAGGAACUGCUGCUUUUGCUGCUGCCAGAUCCAUCCGGGCCCGCGACCCCGGCGCGCGGGUGCUGAUUGUGUCUGAAGAUCCUGCCCUGCCCUACAUGCGUCCACCCCUUUCCAAAGAACUGUGGUUUUCCGAUGAUCCCAGUGUGACAGAGACGUUGCGGUUCAAGCAGUGGAACGGCAAGGAGAGGAGUAUCUAUUUCCAGCCACCAUCUUUCUACGUGCCUGUCGAGGACCUGCCUUCUGUGGAAAAUGGUGGGGUGGCAGUUCUGCCUGGCAAGAAGGUUGUGCACAUGGAUGUUAGAGGGAACACAGUGAAGCUUAGUGAUGGGACCCAGAUAUCCUACGACAAAUGUCUCAUUGCCACUGGGGGAUCCCCAAGGAACCUGCCUGCCAUCGAAAGAGCAGGAAAGGAUGUGCAGAAAAGGCUGACCCUGUUCCGAAAGAUUGAAGAUUUCCGAAGGCUGGAGAAGAUUUCCAGGGAAGUCAAGUCCAUCACAAUUAUUGGUGGUGGUUUCCUCGGCAGUGAGCUGGCCUGCGCUCUGGGAAGGAGAGCACGAACCCAAGGCCUGGAGGUGAUUCAGCUGUUUCCAGAGAAUGGCAACAUGGGCAAAGUUCUGCCGGAAUACUUGAGCAACUGGACCACGGAGAAAGUCAGAAGAGAGGGGGUCAAUGUCCUGCCUAAUGCUGUGGUCAAAUCCGUCUCUGUCUCUGGCAACCGGCUGGUGAUUAAACUGAAGGACGGCCGGAAGGUGGAGACAGAUCACAUUGUGGCCGCAGUGGGGCUGGAGCCCAAUGUGGAACUGGCCAAGUCAGCGGGGCUGGAGGUGGACUCGGACUUUGGGGGGUUCCGGGUGAACGCAGAGCUGCAGGCACGCUCCAACAUUUGGGUGGCAGGGGAUGCUGCCUGCUUUUAUGACAUCAAACUGGGCCGCAGGCGUGUGGAGCACCAUGAUCACGCCGUGGUGAGCGGGAGACUGGCUGGAGAAAACAUGACAGGAGCUGCAAAGCCCUACUGGCACCAGUCCAUGUUCUGGAGUGAUCUGGGCCCCAACGUGGGGUACGAAGCCAUCGGCCUCGUGGACAGCAGUUUGCCCACAGUAGGAGUGUUUGCAAAGGCGACAGCGAAGGACACGCCAAAAAGCGCGACAGAACAGUCAGGGACUGGAAUUCGAUCUGAGAGUGAAACAGAAGUGGAAGCCUCAGAAGUUCACAUCUCUCAAAGCUCUUCACCAAUGCCUCAAGUCCCAAAGCAAGGAGAAGAUUAUGGCAAAGGUGUCAUUUUCUACCUCAGGGAUAAAGUCGUGGUGGGAAUUGUGUUGUGGAACAUCUUCAACAGGAUGCCCAUUGCUCGGAAGAUCAUCAAAGAUGGGGAGGAGCAUGAGGACCUCAACGAAGUAGCAAAGCUCUUCAAUAUCCACGAAGACUGAACUCCACAGCAGGAACACCUGGAGGGAGUGGGCUGCUGGCUGUGUGCACCCCUGCACCUUGAGCAGCUUCCUGGGAGCACUUGGGAAUAUUCCACUCACCCAAGCCCAGUGUUUGCACCAAUAAAGUCAGAUUGUUCUAGUCA